ACAAUAGCUACUGUGCUUGAUUGUGUCAAAUAAAUUUGGGUUGGGUGGCGUGUGAUUUACUGAAACUCACGGGCCCUUGGAACACGAAUAUCAGAACCGAAACUUGACACGGUAUAGUUGAUAGAGUAAGGAGAGACGACAUCAAAAACGCUCAACAGUCGUAUUAUUCAUUCAGUCUUGUGUCAAUUUGAAGACGAACAUCCACGAUGAAGAACUCCUGUUGUAUUUACAGCACUGGGAUACUUUCACUAGUCGUUUUAAUUGUCAGCAUUGCGCUGGUUUUGUCGCAGGUCUUCCAGAACGCAGUCAACGCACGAAUAAAGAAGGAAAUAAUACUGAAGAACGGCACUGAUGCUUUUGAGGCCUGGGAGAACCCUCCUCCGCCAGUGUAUAUGCAGUUUUAUUUCUUUGACCUGAGAAACCCCUCGGAGGUACUUCUAGGAGAGAGGCCAUUUGUGGAGGAGAAGGGACCUUACACUUACAAAGAGUUCAGGCCAAAGGAGAAUGUGAGAUUUUCGGACAAUGACACUAAAGUAUCAGCCACCAUGCCCAAGACAUAUGUGUUUGUGCCUGAGAUGUCCGUGGGACGCCGAGAAGAUGACCCAAUAAGAACCGUUAAUGUUCCUGCUAUAACAUUGAUUGAAAAGUUUAAAACUCACCCAGUGAUAAGUAACAUGAUAUCAUCAUACAUGAAGUCCCAAAAUAUAGGUCUGUUUGUGACCCGUACUGUACAUGAACUACUCUGGGGAUAUAAAGAUCCUUUACUUGCUGUUGUUCACAAAGUUCGCCCUGAAAUUGAUGAAUACUUUGGCCUCUUUUAUAAGAUGAACACCACUGAUGAUGGUGAAUAUGUCGUCCUGACUGGAGAGCAGGACUAUAAAGACUUUGCCAGAAUAGUUGAGUGGAGAGGUGAAAGCUCUCUGGAUUGGUGGACCACCGAAACCUGUAAUAUGAUUAAUGGGACCGAUGCAGCUUCCUUUCACCCACUCAUAACAAAGAAUGAAACAAUCUACAUUUUCUUAUCUGAUUUGUGCAGGUCUCUUUAUGCUACAUUUGAAAAGGAAGUCCAUGUGAAAGGGAUACCCGCCUACAGAUUUGUGCCACCCAAAGAAGUAUUUGCCAAUAUCUCAGUAAAUCCGGCGAAUGCUGGCUUCUGUGUGCCAGCAGGAAACUGCUUGGGAUCAGGGCUCUUAAAUGUCAGCGUGUGCAAGCAAGGUGCGCCAAUUAUUAUGUCAUCGCCACAUUUUUAUCAGGCAGAACAGAAAUACAUUGAUGACGUGGCCGGAAUGAAUCCAAAUAAGGAGGAUCAUCAAACGAUAAUGGAUAUUAACCCGCUCACAGGCAUUCUUGUGAGGGGUGCUAAGCGAGUCCAGGUGAAUGCUUUUGUUGAGAAAAUCGAAGCUUUUAGCCAAACUGGAAAUGUGUCAGCACUGGUUUUCCCUGUGAUGUAUCUCAAUGAGAGUGUGGAGAUUGAUGCCAAGUCUGCAGCCAAAGUGGAGUUACUGGUGUACCAAGCCAAUGUGGUCAUCAACAUCCCCUUCAUAAUAAUGGCCUUUGGGAUUCUUCUGGGGGUUAUCUUCAUUGUAAUGUUAUGCAAGAACCGAGAGCCAGAGGGAACUAAAGAAGAACAAGGACCUCUCUUGCAAGCAUCAUCAUAACCAUGCCUAAAAGAAAAUAUCUUAUGCUCGUGGAAGCUUUUAAAUGCUCGCUGCUUGCAGCUCUGUGGGGGAGGGCUGGCCUUUCAAGGCUAGUCUAAGUUCCUUUCUCUCUACACUGUAACCCCAAUACUGUAAUAUUUACCAGCUUCACUGUACUACCCAUAUAAGUGUACCAUAGUAAAAGCACAGCAUAUGAAAGCAUUGUACAGAAUGAGGUAUAGUAAACUAUGGUAAAUACAUAGUAGAACUGUGGGAGUGGCAUGGUAAAACUGCAAAAAUACAGUGGUACAUUUUUAUAUGGGUAUUGCUUCUAGAAUAAUAUUGACUGCCUGUAUGUACUGCAUGGUAAUGGUUGCUAUUUGAACUGCAGGUUGCUGGUUACAGGCUCUGUAAGUGUUUAAAGUGGAUUUUUGUGCAGCACCAAACUCACUUAAUCGAAUACACUUUUAUUUUUUAUAAAUACACACAUUACUGUGUUAUGAGUGUACAACAAAUAAAAGUUUCUCCUCAAUUACUGGCAUUAUUAUAAACUGUAUAGGUUUUACAGGUUUCCUCUAACUUAUUCUGUAAUUGUUUUUUUUUGUUUUCAUAGUGGAGAAAUCAAAAGGAAAGACUGCUGUAGUACUGUAUCCUCUGAACAUCAGGUUCUGGUCUUUGUUCCAACCAUGUGCUUAAUAAUUUUUGCACAGCUUAGAACUUUUCAAACCACACUGAUUCACUUGACUACCUAUUUACUUUGACACUUGGGGAGUAGUCAUGUCAUUAUUUCACUCCUAGGAGUGUGAAUGUUGAACCACAUUUAAACUCCCUGUUGUGUGUUAAUGCUUUCAUAUAGUGGUUCAGCUAUACAUAGUAUCCCCAUUACAGUCUAACUUCCAUGUUAUUUUCUGCUUGCUUUAAAAUCAAACACUUCUAAAAAGGGAAUGCUUGUCCUUUGAUUAAUUAUUAACUCGCUUCAGAAUUGAUGUAAUGUAUGUCUAAUAACAGAGUUAUAGCUAGUAACAUUCUACAGCUCUUAGUGUGCCUGCUUUAUAGUGUGUCAAACAGGUGAACCCUGUAGGUAAUACUGGAGCUGAAAAGCUAUCAGUUAAACAUAGAUAAGCAAAGUUUAAGAUGUAGUGAUUUUCUAUGCAGGUACAUUAUAUAAAGACCCUAGAAUGGAUGGAAUAAUUAUUUUGUUUGAAUAAUUUAUUUGAAAAGUAUCUUAUCAACAUACUCUCCUUUUUGAAGUAUUUCUUAUUUUGUCAUCAGUACUUGUAGUUAAUACAGUGGGAAAGUAAAACACUCUAACAAAACAAUGCAAUGGAAUGUAUGUUUUAAUAUUGUAUGCACAUAAAUUUAUUGUGCACAUCUAAAUUAGAUAAUUGGUGCAGUGUGGUAUCAAAGUAGUUUUAAGAAUGUAACAAAAGAUAAUAACCAUUGUGUUUUAUUUUUUGACUAAAUUGGUUCUUUGGCAUUUAAUUUUGCAUGUUGGCCUUUUGUAGUGAAUACAAGUCAAAUAAACAUUACAGUAUUCUAAGAUUCUGUAGAUAGCAGGCAAAUAAUUAUAUAAAACUAUUUGCUUUACUACUGUAGAAUUACAGCAUGUAAUGUUUCAUUAAAACAAUGUGAUUGCACUAUGUAGAUUAUUCUGAGGAGAUAAACAUACCGUGUUUUAGUCUACUCAAAAAUGUUCAAUGCAGUACAUUUUGUAAUGUUUCUACGUCAUGUUAACACAAUUUAAGCACAAUGUUUUACAAUUAUAUUCACAAUUUAAUGUAACAAACAUAACAAUAAACCAUUCUAAAAGA